AUGUCUCAGGAGGCGGCUCCAGUGGGCCCCAGCAUGGAGGACCCCGUUCUCAGUCCCCUCAACAGCCUUGGACUUUUCCAGGAGGACAUGGAAGAAACCAGCUCCAUGUCAGGCCUGGCACCAGACCUGUCAGGAGAGAGCUUGGGGGACCCCGUUUGUGCUGGCAGUGGGAAGAGGGUCCUCAGGGAAGAGUCUUGUCAAGGUGCCAGCUCCCAGGCAGUGGGUGCUCCUGGGGGUAGCCCAGAGGCCACGGCCCAUCCUGUGGUCCUGGGGCUGCAAGCUGUGGGACAGAGCUGGAAUUUGGUGCCCGGCCCCAGGCUCUGCUGUCGCCUACCCACAGAGCCUGCCCAGGGGAGGGCUCAGGCCUUCAAGAGGGUCCAGAUUAUUCUGCACGACAUCUUAGCAGGAAGUUGUCCCAGGAAUCUUUGUAGUGGGUGUGUGGGGGCAAGAAAGAAAAGCAGGAAGUCUGAGACCCCCUCAGAGGGUCAGGAAGGUAGCUUCUUACAGCUUGGUCAGAGCCCUAGUGGGAACAAGCCCCAGGCUGUGGGAGACCCCCUGCGAGGUGCUGACAUGGCGUCCUUGGGAGGCCCGUGCAGUCCUCUCUCUUGCAAGGAGACUGGGUCUGGGCCUGGACACCCAGGUGGAGGUUGGGUGGACUGUGACUCAGGGAUUGAGAAGUUUGAAUGUUUGCCCACUGUAAGGGGUGGGAUCCCGCCAGGCAGCCCCUGGGACCCUGUGAGCUCCCCUGUGCCCACUGGAGGACUGUCACUUCAGCUAGCUGCCCGGGAUCCUCUCCAGAGCCCUGAGCUGUGCCCAGGAGGGUCUGGAAAGGCUUCCACAGCACAGCAAGAAGCUGAGCACAUCAUGAGGCCUGGCAAUGGUGAUGGCCAUGGUGCUUCACACAACCAGGAGGAGCUGGAGGUCAUGGCUCGACCAGUGUCUUGGGGGAGGCCAGGGCAGGGACUUGGCGACACCCCCUCCAGCUUCCUGGAGCCUGUAGCCAGCAAGGCUAGCUCAGGCCCAUCCACGAGGCAGAGAAAUUCCAAGUGUGCUAAACAGUUGAAAAUGGACCCAGUGCCUGGUGCCCAGGAUCAGGUCACUAACAGAUGGCCAGACAGCUCCAACCAGGACCAAACAGAAGAAUCCAGCCCAGGAGGCGGCCCCAGGCUGGAGGCGAUGAGAAUGGCCCAUGGAGUGAAGCUUGUGUGUUACGUUGGUUCCGAACCAGUGAUCUACCUCCUGGGGGCCGUGAGCUACAGCCAGGCAGGGGGGCAGCUACCUCCAAGACUGGAGGUUCUGGAGGACAUGAUGGAGGCCUACUCAGCCUCAUCUGUCCAGAGGCCCAGAAAGAAGAAAAGGUGCAGGGCCCGGGGCCGCAUGAGGCGCCAGGUGAGGGUUCGUGUUCAGAAGCCCAGUGCUGAGGCUCUAGGGUGCAGCCCAGUGGAGGCUGAAGAGGAGGAACCUGGAGAACAAGCAGGGGGCGAGGACUUAGCUCAGCUUCAGCCCCAACAGGAGAAGCCACCCCUGGAUACUGGGGUACGGGACACCGUGGUCCGCACCAUGCAGGAGGCGCUGUGGAGUCGCCUUCGGAAGCACCCAGACCUGGUGCUUAGUGAGAAGGUUGUGGAGGGCAUCGCUGCUGGCAUCGAGGCAGCCCUCUUCAACCUGACACAAGCCACCAACGGCCGCUACAAGACCAAGUACCGCAGCCUGCUGUUCAACCUGCGGGACCCCAGGAACCCGGAGCUGUUUCUCAAAGUGGUUCAUGGAGACAUCACCCCCCACGGCCUGGUGCGGAUGAGUUCAGUCCAACUGGCCCCCCAAGAACUGGCCCGCUGGCGGGACCGGGAGGAGAAGAGGGGCCUGGAGAUCAUUGAGCAGCUGCAGAAGGAGCCACGUAGCCUCCCGGCCUCCAAGCUGACCCAUAAGGGGGAAGUCGAGAUCCUGCGGGACAUGGACCAGACGCUGACCUUAGAGGACCUGGUGGGACCCAUGGUGCCCAUAGAUGGCGGCCCCCCGGCCCUGCCCACCACAUCGAGGGAGAGCACGGAGCAGCACGAGCACCACUUCCUAGACCCCCGCUGCCGCAUCUGCACAGACUGGAAGCCCUCGCGUGAGCAGCCAGGCUCCCUCAAAGCUGCAGGGAGGAUGCGGGAUGAUGCUUUCCAGAGAGCCCCAAGCCAAGUUCCUGUGUCCUUUUCAGAUAUGCCCCAAAACAAGGAGAAGCCUCUAGCAGCGCACAAGGACAGGCUCCAGAUGCCUGCUGGGCCCACAAAGGCCCUGCCCAGCCAGGUGCCCUGGGAGGGGUCUUUGGACAUGUUCUGCAUCAAGCGAUUCCGGGUCAGGGCCCAGCUGGUCUCGGGACACAGCUGUCGCCUCAUCCAGGCCCUGCCCCAGGUGAUCCGCUCUGCAAGCUGCAUCGCCCCUGAUGCUGUCUGGGACUUUCUGGCCAGCAUCUGCCCAGCUGAGGCCAAGGACGUUUGUGUGGUCAGACUGUGCCCACGGAGCUCUCGGGACGCCCAGAGCUGCCACCUGCUGUACUCCUACCUCAAUAUCAAGCAGCGCCACGCCUUGACAGCCGUGGGGCAGGUGAAGCUGGUCCUGCUGCCCCUGCCUGCCUUCCAACCCCUGCCCUCCAGGCUGCGGUCUCUUGGAGGUCCAGGCCUGGAAGCCACUCACUCAAGCCUGUUGCUGGCUGUGCUGCUCCCACAAACAGGGCAUCCGGCCAUGGCAGGAUCUGGUGCCUUGAGGGGGAAGGUUCACAAAAUGGUCUCCUUCAACAGAAAAGUGGAGAUGAGAUACUACCAGCCAGAGGACAAGGGACCACAUGUGUCCCUGAAGGGCUCCGCUCCCCCAGGGGGUGCCGUGCAGCAGAGCCAGGGCAAAGACAGCCUGGCUCCAAGGGGAAUUUGUGCUUGGCAAAGACCACCCAGAGGCAGGGGGAGUCUGUGGGGAGAGCCUGAGACCUGGCAGGGUCCUGGGCGAGGGCCAUGGCCUCCAAAACCAGGCUGGUGCCAGUCCUGGCAUCCCUAUUCAGCAUCACCAGUUGGCCAUGACCAGCACCGCCACAGGGCUUCCUGUCCCAACCAAGCCCUGCUCCAGCAUCUCGAAUCCCUGGUGGCCAUGACCCAGCAGCUCCAAGCCUCACUGAUGUCCCCAGGACAGGAGGAACUUUCCCAACCCCCUGCUCAGCCUCCCACAGUCCCUGGGACUCUUGGCCUUCUCUGCCAGCCCCCUGCAGCUCCAGAGCCCCCUGGCCCAGCCCUGGCCUCCUCUUUGGGCCCUACAGAUGGAGCUGGCACUGAUAGUCCCCUUCCUGGAGAGACCUGA